CAAGGUGGGGAAAAUAUCAUUUGAUUUUUAUCAGUUAAAUUUUUUUCGCUACGACAUCUGCUAUAAAAUUUAGUUUUGGCUUUUGAAUUAGGAUAAACUUUUAGAUGAACAGAGGAUCAAAUCAUUGAAAUCAUGUGCCGUCAUCAAUCGAUACUAAACAAUAUUCGAAGGCAAACCGCCCGGCCAAUGAUACCCGUUUUACUAUCAACCUCCCCGCCCUUUCGCCGCGUCUCUAUUCUCUCUCUAAUGGUCAUUGCUUGAAUCAGGAAUAUCACUUGCUCCUGCUAAAAAGCCGGGCUUAUGACUUUUUUAUUAUUUUUUCUUCAAUGAUUUUCCUAGGCCUUUGUUUUCGUCUGUUUAUAUCUAUAGCACGCACAUUUAUGUUUACUCAUGAAUGACAACAAUGUGCGCUCUCGGAGCUAAGCGGGUUCCAACUGCGGUGCUCGGAUAGAAAGAGUGGACGUGUGAGGUUGAAAACCUUGCAAAGCUUUCUGCCAAAUCACUAAAUUGGUUUCUACUUAGGAUGGGUUUAGAGGAGACUGCGGCAGAUAUACUUGGCAAAAAGGACCAUGCUUUCCUAUCAAGCACCUUAUGCAUGCAUGCUUUCUCUGAUUUAACCCAUGUCUCGCCAGUGGUAUUCUUGUUCCUUCUAAAAGAAUGUUAUUUUUAUGGCACAUGUAAAGCAACAGCCAAGUUUCGAGCCCUUCAACAUCAGGUUUAUCUGGUGCUACAUAAUGAUCCUAAACCAGGACCAGCAACUUUUGUUGUUCAAUGCCUGUACAUAUCGCCUUUAUUUGAAGAUCACAGUCGAGGCUUUAGUCACCUGGUUAUAUCUGCUUUUUGCCGCUUCCUAAAAGUAGCAAGAACCUUAGAGGACUCCUCGGAGAUGAAAGACUUAGCAGCCAAUCUAUUCCUUAAUAUUGUUAGGGGGCAGGUUUAUCAUGACGAAAACAUUAUUGUGAAAAUACUGGAAGUUUUUGAUGUUAAAUUGACUGACAUUCAGAAAGCCAUGUGCCAACUGAAAGAAAAGAACGAUUCAAGUUUUGGCAGAGCAGAGGAAUUUAUCAAGCAGUAUAUUUUUGGGUUGGUAGAGUCUCAAAUGUACAUCAAAGCUGUCACACUAAUGGAGCACUUCUCCAUCCGUCAGUCUGGGCAGUCAUUUCUUCUUAGUAUGAUAGAGAAUAAUCAAUUCAAAGCGGCCGAGAAGUGGGCAAUAUUCAUGGGAAAGCCAAUGUUGUGCACCCUUGUUGAGAAGUACAUUCAGAGGAACAUGCUAAAAGAUGCCUAUGAGACUGUAAAGAAAAACAAUCUACAGCAGGAUUUUCCUGAUUUGUACCAGAGUUUUGAAGAAAGCUCACUGAGAAAGUUAGCAGAAAAAGGAUGUUGGGAUGUGGCUGAGGCAAAAGCAAACAAUGAUAGACAGCUUAUUGAACAUUUGGUUUAUUUGGCAAUGGAAGCGGGUUACAUGGAGAAGGUUGAUGAAUUGUGUGAUCGGUACUCCCUAGACGGGUUUUCUGAUAUCAAAGUACCUGAAACAAGCAUUCAACGAGGGCGUUAUUUGCAUCUUGAUGAACUGUUAGUUGAACAAAUCAUUUGGGUAGAUGAAGUGGAAGGUUUGCUUGACGCAACAAGCCGUAUUGAGAGGUGUAAAGUUAUUGGAGUCGAUUGUGAAUGGAAACCUAAUUAUGUAAAGGGCAGCAAACCAAACAAGGUUUCUAUCAUGCAAAUUGCCUCUGAAAAGACAGUUUUUAUCUUAGAUCUUAUAAAAUUACAUGGAGAGGUGCCUGACAUUCUAGACAACUGUCUAGCCCGCAUUUUGCAGUCGCCUAGAACUUUAAAACUUGGGUAUAAUUUCGUAUGCGAUAUAAAGCAGCUUGCUCACUCGUACGAAGAAUUAUCAUGUUUCAAACACUAUGAGAAGUUGUUGGACAUUCAGCACAUUUUUAAAGAAACUCGAGGGGGUUUGUCUGGGCUUACAGAGAAAAUACUGGGAGCCGGUUUGAACAAGACGAGACGAAACAGCAACUGGGAGCAACGGCCAUUAACUCGAAAUCAACUAGAAUAUGCUGCUCUGGAUGCUGUGGUACUAGUUCACAUAUUCUGCCAUCUACGCUGUCAGUCUCAGCGUCUCGGCGACAAAUUUGAGUGGAAAUCUUGCAUAAUGACCCACGGGGAAAGCGUCAAGAAAACGGACAAGUAUGCCACCAGUUAAAAGGAGAGCCAACGAGCAUUGAGCCUCCUCACUCUUCAGCUUUCCUUAUUGGAUAUUUUCCUGUUGAUCAUUUCAUGAAGUGACGGUCAUUUGUACAAAAAGAUAAAUAAAGUCACUUCAUUGUUUAUAUACGUCAAAUGACUCAAUGAAUUGAACAGUGGAAAACUACUUUCUCAUUUUUGAGGAUUUAUUUUUUUUGGGUGGAAUGGCAUGCAUCAGUUGGAAAA